AUGGUGCCACCUCAACCUCUGGAAUACACUCCGUCUGCGACAAAGUGUAUUCGCAUUGGCAUGGUGCGGUCCUUCACGUUAAGUCUGUUGGACCGCUGGACUGCAACAAUACCUGGCGACUCUUAUGGACCAUCAUCGUUCGCUUUCCGCUACAGAUCUCGCAGCACUAAGCAGAGGAGUCUGCCAUUCUUGAACCGCAGUGAGACGGCAUCUCACUUGUGCCCUUCCACGACCAAGGAUCAGCUCACACCUCACAGAAGACAAGAAGGAGCCCAAGAAGGCCCGGUUAUUAUGGUCCUGGGCCAGCGUGACCUCGCGACUGGUAUGACUCCAUCCCGCCAUCUUGGGUCUUUCAAGACACCGAUUCACAAUACUACUCAUGCUACGAAGCCGUGGAGCUUCAAGUCACACCUCCAAAUCUCCUCACUCUCCGCCUGUCAGCCCACUGUCGCUCGAUGGCACGGCGCAAGAGGUCGUCGCUCAACGGAUUUGGGAUGUUGUACUUCGACUGCUGACUUUUGA